GAUACAUCAACUGCCACUAAAUCAAUAGUUGCUUAGCGGCUGCCGCGCGAUUUUCAAUUAAACGCGUCGACUGUUAAGCGUUUUGUGGGCGUCCAUUCUAGUUUGCUUUAGGCGAUAAGGCCCUACUUUGUCUUAUUGCUGGGACAACCAAAGCCGAUCCUUCUCGUGUCCGGCCCCUUUUCCCUGUCAAUGUCAUUAUGCGUGUCUCCCGAGGUCCGCAGGAACCAAUUUCAAAGCUUUGACAUCUACCUUUUUAUCGACGGAAGUACCUUCAUUGAAAGUCCCCAGCUUUCAGUUGUCGGGAUUUCCAAUAAACGGUUCAUGGAAACUGAUGUAGCAAACAUUUUCUCAACGGGUCGCCGCGACGUAUAUUGAAGCAUGGACCAAGACUACGGCUCUAAUGGUCCGCUGCGUGGUGGCAUUCCACGGCUAUCCAGGCUACCCAUGCCACGUGCAGUCGCGUCCAGCGACAACUUGAAACUGUCCGCCAGAACGUCUGUGGUUCCAGGGAAACACCAGGAUGAUCUACGCAAGAAGACGAAUAUCCCGCUGCCUCCAGGUCCCAAAGUGCCCUUGGGAGAAAAUCUGAAUCAACCACUUCGAUAUCGCUUCGGAUGGAACGGGAAACCAGUCAAGCCGAGAAGCGCGUCGCCUGUUCGGGAUGCUCUUCGCGACGCGCAGACCGCGACCUUAGACAUCACUCCUCCUAAUUCGGAUGCAGAUUCGCCAGUCUUUGAGGAUGGCUUCGAGAAUCCAAUAGCAACUACAGUCGAGCCAGAGACAAAAGAUCGGCGGAGACCUCGACCAUCAUUGUCUGAGCGCACCGCAGAGACUUUAUCGCGACUAACGCCUUCCCCUUCCCGCUCUAGGAGGAGGUCAAGUAUCUUCAGCAACGAUGGCACAAUGCCACCUCCGGCACGAUCAAGGUCGAGACUGAGAGACUCACGCCCUACCACGCCAGCACCAUCGCGUCCAGAGUCUCCAGCCAAGGUACCAUUCAGGCCACCAGGGCGAUGCUCGCCCAUAAAGGAUGUGAUGGGUCCCCCGCCCAUGAUUUUGCCGGAUGAAACUUGCACACUGCCCAAGGCCUUUGUUAAAGGUCAGCGGUCCAAAAUUGCAAAACCUCUUCGGGAUCCCAGAAGGUCCACCAGCUCUCUCGAUGCAAGACCGCCCGAGCAGAUUGGUUGGGCACCAGGCAGCGAUUCGGCUCAGACUCCAAAACAAAAGCCAGUGUACCGAAGCAAGGCAGUAAGGUCGCAGUCGGCAGCACUGAAAUCCUCAUUGCCGACAAUAUUCAGAGAUCCCUGUCCAACCAUCAAAAUCGAGAGCGUUGUGAGCCUUGAGCCACGCCCGCCAGUUGCAAAAACAAAGCCAAAACCAGCGGAUAGGACGGCCACCGUUGUUACUCCCAGGCCAUCUUCAAAGAGGACCAAGAGUAUCUCGAAGGCGGAGCAGAAUCAGAACAACAUCCCCAUGAUAGAAAUUCAUCCCACAACUUCACCAAAGUCGUCACCUGCUCUGCGAGAAACAAUUGCAAAAGCGAAGGCCGCCCGGCGAAAAGCACUUGAAAUUACCGUGGCCCCGAUCGAGCAACCCCUCAAUGGUCAUGUUGCCCAUAUUCAAAGCAGUGUUGACGAGACACCAUUGGGAAAUGCAGACAAUGCACAUGUCUUACGAACACGCCUUCAAACGGCAGCAACCACCGGCAAACUGGACAUAGUCGGCCUGGGUCUGAGAAAGAUACCUACAGAGCUUAUGAACAUAUACAAAGCGAAUAAUAACACCACUGACUGGUACGACGUGGUGGAUCUUACGAAAAUUAAUGCAGCGGAUAAUGAGAUUGAUGAGAUUGACGAGCAGUUCUUUCCAGACUUUUCAAGGUCUGAUCUCGAGAAUGACGACGAUACAGGCAAUCAAUUUGGUGGUCUUGAGGUUCUCGACCUACGCAGGAACAUGAUUCAACAACUACCGAUAGGACUGCGACGGUUGACGAGGCUGCAAUCAUUAGAGCUGAGCGGCAACAAGCUCACCAACGGCGCCCUUGAGAUCAUUUGCCAGAUACCGGACUUACAGGAACUCAUGCUCAGCAGAAACGCUUUCAGCGGAACGAUCGAUAUGAGAAAUGGAAGCUUGGAGCACCUACAAGUGCUUGAUCUGCAUGGCAACAGCAUCGAAGGCUUUCACGAUGAAGGACUGGCCCAGAUGAAAAGUCUCAAAAACCUGAACGUCGCAGGGAACAAACUGGCGUCACUCCCUUGGGACGUCCUGGCAACCCUUACACUCUCUGAAUUGAACAUCUCGGGCAACCAAUUAGCAGGCAUACUCUUUCCCACCAGAACCACUUUGACCGAGCUACGUGUUCUUGAUGCAUCAUACAACAGUUUGACAGGCGUGUCUGAGAACGACCUCGAGUUCCCAUGCCUACGCUCGCUCAUCUUGAAAGGGAAUCGGAUAGCCAGGCUACCGGGCUUAUCAGGUUGCAGCGAAAUACAAGCUCUCGCAGUUUCGGAAAAUCAGCUAGAAGAGUUUCCUCCUGACUUUUUUCAAUUGGAGUCACUGAAGAUUGCCGACUUUGGCCACAAUAACAUCAAGUCAAUCAUGACCGGAAUAGCAGGGAUGAAAAAUCUAGCAUUCCUGAACUUGGUGGGAAACCCACUUGCACAGAAGAAGUAUCUUUCUAUGAGCACGACCGAUGUGAAACGGGAUCUUGAGAAGAAGCUCGACGUUGUCAAAGAGGAGGGCAGAGUUUCAGACGAGACUCCGCUGUCUCUUAAUCAAUCCUUGUUUCGUUACCGAUACAAAGCAUCAGGUGGCGUUCUCGACCUGUCUGCACAGUCAUUGUCAGCGAUCGAGCUUGCCGAGAUCGACCUCACUGAUUCAGACGGGCCGAUUCGCAUUUUGAAGCUGUCGAACAACAACCUUUCCGUGUUCCCAGUCGAAUUGCUAUCUCACCCACUUGUCAAAUACUCUCUGCAGCUGCUGGACCUCAGUCACAAUGCUCUCCUGCAUCCAACCGACUAUCUCUCUUCGGAACUUUUCCUUCCCAGCCUCAAAUCGUUGUAUAUCGUCAGCACCGGCCUGACCUCUCUCGACACAUUGACGACUUACUUGAAGGCCCCAGUCCUGGCCGAGCUGAAUAUCUCCUGUCACAAGUUGGCAGGGCGUGUCCCAUGGGUGCGAGCUUGGUGGCCCACCUGCACUACACUGCUCGCGACGGACAACUGGUUCACGAGCGUUGACGCCGAAGGUGUCAGGGGCUUGGAGGUCCUUGACAUUCGCAACAACGAAAUCGAGACAGUCCCUCCGAAGAUUGGCUUACUAGGAAACAAACCUGGCAGCACAGCGGAAUAUGGGAGGCUGAGAGUACUAGAAGUCAGUGGUAACAGAUUCCGCGUUCCGAGAUUGAUUGUUGUCGAGAAGGGAACGGAAGCGGUGCUCAAAGAUUUGAGGCGAAUGGUCAUGGCAGAAGAGGUGCCUGAGGACUGGAAGGAGUUUGUUUGAUCUUUCGCGCAAAACUUUCGAUUCUUUUUAACAUGUUUUUGCAUGGGUUUUUCCUCAGCAGGCGACUUUGUUGUAUGUGUCAGCAUGGUUUCAAGGUGGAAAAGGCUUCUGACGGCUGCAUAAACACCAGUGUUAUGAUAGUUAUUGUGUAUGAUUGUACCAAUAUGGGCGACGGUCGAUAUGGCUGAUGAAAGAUGGGGUUCUCAGUACCCAGGACAUAAAUGACCAUGAACGCUGGUGUAUACAGUGGUUCUUAUAAAUAUUAAGUAAAGGCCG